AUGUUGAUAUUACAGUUUGGAAGGACACCAUUAAUGUGGGCCGCUGAGAGAGGACACCUGGAGGUUGUGACUUACCUGGUCACUCACGGCAGUCAGUUAGACGCUACAUCCACCGUGUUUGAAAGGACACCAUUAAUGUUUGCCGCUAUGAGAGGACACCUGGAGGUGGUGACUCACCUGGUCACUCACGGCAGUCAGUUAGAGGCCACAGACACCUACUAUGGAGAAACAGCUUUACAUUAUGCUGCUCAGUAUGGAAAUAUUGAUGUAACAAAAUGGAUAAUAGAUCAAGGAUGCAGUCCUUGGGUGAAAUCAAAACAGGGUAAGACUCCUUAUGAUCUGGUAAAAAUAGGAAAAUAUGAUGAUGAAGAGAGAAAAAGGAAGAAGGAAGAAGUGAUGGAUUUCCUGAAGAUACGUUAG